CACAGGCACACAUCAAACAUCUUACUCUCUCACAAGAAAACAAGCACUACAUCGUCUUCAUCCUCCAGCAACGAAGAUGGCGAUAGUGCGUUGGCAUUUGGUGGCGCUGUUGAUCAUCACGACGACAACAAGGACGAUGGCUAUUGAUCAGAACAAAUUGGCCACGUUGGUAGAUGAAAUUCUCCACAAGUUCAAAGUGCAAACCAAGAUGCCCAUGUUCAGUAUGGCUGUGAGUGUUCCACCUGGCGCCGAUCCGGGCACCUACGACCUCACUAAAGUGAGCGACCUGGGCCAGAAUGUGAAGAACACCAUCUUGCAGUGCGGCAUCUACGCCGGUGACAACGUGGUGGCCGCCACUCUGCUAAGGUGGCCCGACGUGGUGCAGCGUUGUCCCAGGGCAGAGGUGCCGUGGCAGGAUGUUCUGAAAGCAUGCAGGCGCAAAUCCAUGACAUGGCAUGAAGUGGCGAUGAUCUGCCCCGGGGCUGUGGAAGGCAACCGGGCCGACCAUGCCGAAUAUCGUGUUCUGGAGAGGUUUGACAGCUGGGCUGACGAUAAGGACAAAUCGGGUCUAUUAGUGUUGUACGUGUACACGGCACCCUGCGAAAGCCGGUGUGCUAGCGAAAGGAACGUCUUGAGCAUCCUUAAACUCCUAGAGCGUAUCCGGGAUUGGAAAGAAUAUGUCCUCGUCUUCUCCAAGUUGCUGAAUGUCAAAACGUUGUGGGCAGGCAACUCUAUGCCUGAUAAACGACUGGCCAGAGCCCUGCUCAACCUCGGGAGGCAUCUUGGCAGAGGUGGCUUGGGAAAGAUCUUCCGCUGUGACCAACCAGAAGAUGCUAACACCAACGCCAUGGAGUGCAUCAGCUGUUCCACCGGGGGAGAAGUCACGCCUCAAUGCUACAAGAAGGAAUCUCAUCAGGACCCUUGGGGUCAAAGUGGGGCGAGUGCAGUACGAGGGGAGCUAGGAAAUGCCCAAGGAGUGAGCACAGCAGCCAAAAGAGGAUCCGCAAGUGGUGGGGCAAUAGGAAGAGGACAAGGAGGAAGUGAAAAUGUAAGAAAGGGAGAAGGGUGGGCACCAGGAGUAGGUGGCACAGAAGGAGAGUGGCAAACAGUUGGGCAAGGAAGGCAAGGGGCAGUACGAAUGGCACAGGAAGGAGGUGGGGCAGCACGUGGGUGGCAAAAGGGAGGUAGAGAAGGAAUAAGGAGACCCGGAGGAGGUCGGAGAAUACAAGGGGGACGAAGUUACGGAGGGGACCAGCAGGAAGUGGGGCCGGAGAAUGGGGCCACGGGUCAGAGCGAGUAG